CGGAAGUUUUCCAGUUUCUGACAGCUAGCCGCGCGUACAGGGCUUCUGCGAAAGUUUAGAGAUUUAUUUUUGUAAGGUUUGGAACACCGACAAUCAAAUUACUGGUGUACAAUCAUGGAUCUAAAUUCGGAACCAGUGAAAAAGAUACUUUCAAAGUACAAAUUUCACGAUAGUGCUAUUGAGGAGCUUCAGAAAGUACACCGGGUUCACCCUGACAUGGAUAUUCACGUUGGGUCUUUCGUAUCCACUGACAGAUUGCAAAAAGACCUGCUGAAAGUGGUUGGCAACAUCCCGGUAAAAUAUGAAGGCCGAUCAUACAACCUUCCCAUCCUGAUGUGGCUGCUAGAGUCAUUCCCUUUCACUCCCCCGGUGUGUAUGCUGAGGCCCACGGCAAACAUGGUGAUUCGAGAGGGGCGGCACGUGGACGCACGGGGCCGAAUACACCUUCCAUCGUUGUCCAACUGGGACCAUCCCAAGACAUCUGUGAAUGGGCUACUGGCACAGAUGAUUGCCAAGUUUGAGGAGGAUCCACCGCUGAGCACCAAGCCCUCUGGAGAGGCCGAAGACCCCAAUGACCUGCUUGCUUACGUCUCCAAGCUCAAAAUGCAUGACGGUGGAGACCGAUUAGACUCCGUCAGUAAAGUCACAGUAAUCGGAAGUGGAGACCUUGGGAUGGCCACUGUAUUGAGUAUCAUGGCUAAGGGAGGUGUGGACAAACUGGUUUUGAUUGACAUUCCAGAAAGCUCCUCAAAAAGUGGGACAAUGGAUCUAGAGAUCUUCAAUUUGCCUAAAGUGGAAGUUUCCAAAGACCUGUCAGCCUCCGCUGGCUCCAAGGUGGUGGUAGUUACUGCGAACGCGUGGAGCAACGAGCAGACCUAUGCUGGCGUGGUGCAGACUAAUGUGGACAUGUACAGGGCCAUCAUCCCAGGCCUGGCCCGCCUCAGCCCCAACGCUGUGCUCCUUAUCGCCUCCCAGCCAGUGGAGAUCAUGACUCACGUGGCGUGGAGGCAGAGCGGGCUUCCCCCCACCCAUGUCAUUGGUGCGGGCUGCAACUUGGAGUCGGAGCGCCUCGCGCACAUCUUCAACGUGACUCUGGUGGCCAACAGCACAGGCAGACAGCCGUGGGUGAUCGGUGAGAUGUCUGACAACAAGGUGGGUGUGUGGAGUAAUUUGACCACUGGUUUUGGCGUGCACCCUGAACUCCGUCCUGUGUCUAACUCAACCAAGCCACUGAUUGACAGAGGGUUUGAGUUGCUGAAGGGGAAAGGACAGAGGUCAUGGUCAAUGGCGCUAUCAGUCGCUGACAUCACCCACAGCAUCAUUACUGACCAGAAGAAGACCCACUCUGUCACCACUCUGGCUCAGGGCUGGGGUGGCAUCAGUGCAGCGGUGUUCCUCAGCCUGCCCUGUGUGUUGGGUGCCUCUGGUUCCACUCGGCUGGCUGGGGUCACCCUGGGCCAGGAGGACGACAGCAAGCUGAAGAUGAGCGUCUCAUCACUGGACAGCCUCAUGUCCCAGCUCAAGCUCUAACAACCCCCCUACACCCACCCUAAGACCUCAGAACCCCUCACCAACCCUAAGGCCUCAGAAACCCCUCACCCACCCUAAGGCCUCAGAAACCCCUCACCCACCCUAAGGCCUCAGAACCCCCUCACCCACCCUAAGGCCUCAUCCCUUUCUUCCCUGUGGCACCCUUAAGGAUUUCUGACGUUAUUGAAGGAUUGAUAGGACUUCACUCUAUUACUUCAUCAACAACCCAGCUCUUUCAACACUCCCACUCUGGGGUGUUUCCCAAAACCAUAGUUGCUAACCUGUUUGCAACUUAGUUGGUUGGCAAUGGGAAAUUACUAUGGUUUUGGGAAACAUGCCCCUGGCUAUCCACCACUGUAGUAGUUCACUUGGGAUAGCAAGGGAUUAAUGGGUUCCACACACACACACACACACACACAAUCGCUCAGGUCCCUCAAAGGGCGGCUGACUGUGUUGACGGACACCAGCAGUCUGGAGUAAUUGCGUAGAUAUGCACAGAUGGAUCACAGGUGAACUGAAGUAACUGGAGUCAUUGCGGUGUUUUUAGUGUGCCUAUUUCAUUGUGCCUGAACCCCAGUUGGCACUGUGCCCAUGUAUAUUUAAUUAUGCCUGCACUAUUAAAAAUGUAUUUAUAUGUAAAGCUCAAUAUUUUGCCUUAAACACAAGAUGCUGUAACUUUGCACUUUUACAGUAGCCUAAUGUGCAUGUUCAACACGCCCAGAGCUAUAACUAACUCCAAAGACUCCACACUCCUAUUUUAAAUGUUUACAUGCAACAAUUUAUUUUGUAAAUGUCCCAUCAUGCUUUGUAAAUGUGUUUUGGCAUUUAGCCGUUACUAACACUACCUUUAGUCAACGUGUUUUUACCUUGUCUGGCAACACGGGUUGUGGCCUUCACAUUACUGUUUAUUAAGCAGUCCAGUAUGUGUUUUUGUCUAGUUUAAGUUAAAGUUAAUGUGAUACAUUAUUGGGCCUUUCAGUCUGGUCAAUGAAAUGCUCAGAUCUUAACAAGAGGUGAGUCUGGUACAGAACCUGCUGAUAUAUAUUUUGGUGGUGGAGGGUGGCGUAAUUGUCAAGAGUUGAUAUACAAUGAUUGUCUAAUACACUCUGAUGGAAGUCUCAGCUAGUUUAUAAGAGGCAAUAUAGUAUAUGGUCUUAAGAGACUGUCGUCAGAGAUCAUGUUUUUACCAGGCAGAGAAACUGGGGAAAUUCCAAAGCAAUAUAUGAGACAUGCCAAUAAAAUAUAUACAUUUUA